AUGGAGCUGCUGGACCUCCCCGACGACGCGCUGCUGGCCGUGCUGGGCUUCCUGCCGCCCAGGCAGCUCUUCGCGUGCCGCGUGGCGUGCCGCCGCCUGCGGGACCUCUGCCUGCACCGCUACCUGUGGCGGCACGUGUCUCUGGAUGGGGGAAAGGCGGGUGUGGUGCUCGCCGCGCUGGCUCUCGCCCCCUGCGUCAAGUCGAUCGUGUGCUCCGGGCCCAGGGACGUCCAGGCAUCCAGAGUCAAAACCACCAAUUGCGUAGUGACGAGGCUAAAGUUAUUCGUUUUCGGUGGGAGUAACCGGAUGGCUCUGGCAAUGGAGAUGAUUCAGAGGCUGUAUGCUCUGGGUGGGUUGAGAGAGCUCGAUGUGAAUAUCCGUGCUAUCCAGUCUACGGCGCCGCUCCUGCAACAGGUCUAUUACCUCCGCGAUCUUCGAAAACUUUCAUUGUCAGUGAAUGGACAUGUUGAAGCGCUGGCAGCCAAGUGUAACGAGCUGGAGACUAAGCCAUCCUUGCGUGAGCUCCAUUAUGAUGCGCUGACCGGAGGUCGUGCCUUCCUUGAACUGCUGCUGAGGACUCACGCGUCGACGUUGCAAGACGUGUCGCUUUAUUUCUGCGCCGAUGAAGACAUCCCAGCCUCCACUUUGCUCAAGAUCCCCGGGCUGCGCUCCCUCAGAUGCUUCGCGACAACCAGCCUGCACCAUUUGGCGGUUCUGCCCAGCCUGCACACCAUUCGAUUAAUUGGAUUAUGUGCAUCAGGUGCACUGCAAUUUCUUCGAGACGCGUCGCACCUUCGGACUGUAGAGCUGGAUGCUUGCGAUCGUCAUUCUCUGCCGGCUUUGGGCAGUUCCCGCUCUGCCCCACUCAUUGAAACCCUGCUCGUCAGAAACCUGGUCGUCAGAUACAGGGUCUUCUCGGAGAAGCAGCUGCUAUCAGUCCUUCCCGAGUUCCCCGCCCUGAAGGUAGUUGACCUCGAUGGAUGGCCCUCAGACGACUUCCUGCGAGGUGUCAGCCCCGUCUCCGCCCCGAGCCUCGCAACCCUGGCAGUACACUGUCCUCUCCAGUGCGCCCACGCCUUGGUGCACAGCCCCGCUGUUCAAAGUCUGCUUUUGCGGAACCCUCGGCUUCACCUCUUUGUUAGGGAGUUCUUGGAAAACCCAUGUGGGAAGAAGAAGAAAUCCUGCUCUUGGUGCCGCAAAGGCUGCCAUGGAGAGCUUCUGGGGCGUAAAAGUCCCAUGUCGUUCUCGUCACACGUUAAAACAGCAGGAUGUCCAAGCGACUGCUUUAACGUUACCGCUUGAUGGACAAGUUUCCGCUUCUUGUUUGUUUUGUGCGGGAUUCAUAUGAUUGUGGCGGAGUUAAUUCAAUGUGCAAUUUAAAUGUUACUCUAUGGGCCGGGUCCGGUGCACAAAGAGACGACCUGAAAAUAUGUUAAACCAGCCAAAGUUUGUUUUUAUGCGUAUUUUGAAAUAUAUCUAGGGCAGAUGCCCACAUCUUUACACUGUA